AUGCAAGGACAUCCCAGGAUAAAAGGUCCACGCUUUGUACAUGAUCGCAUCGCUAUUGUUGGAGCUGGCCCCGCAGGACUACACAUGGCGUACGAGCUCAAGAGGCGUGGUUUCCAUAACAUUGUAAUCUUUGAAAGUCGACAUGAGGUAGGCGGGAAAACAACAUCGAGACUCUACAGGAACGUGUGGCAUGACCUCGGAACAAUCAACUUAGCAGUCACCUAUGAUAAGACAGUAGCUCUACUGGAAAAAUUCAACACAGGAUUCGACAUCAUACCUAAUCCUCCAAGUUCCAUUUGGAACAAUAGACACGAGUUUAAUUCCGCCUUUGAAGCUUUCUCAGUGUCGCUACCGAAGUUAUUAGAGGCAUCUGAGCGAUAUAUUGCUUUACAUAGAUGUUUCUUUGGCACCUAUGAUGGAGAACUGAUGCCUCGACCAUCUCCAGAUAUUCUAUACAGGGUCCGUGGUACCAUUGAUGAUUUUCUCGUAAGAUACAACCUCACAGACCUACGACCGUUAUUUUUCAUUGGUUUUGUAGUGAAUGCGUACGGUUCCCUGAAUGAGACAUCGGCGCUGUAUGCAUUAACAUUUGUACCCCCAGCAGUGGUUCGGUCCUUUCUAAGACCUGACAGGGGACUUUACCGUCUCCGCGGUGGCUGGCAAAAUCUAUGUCGUGAAAUAUCUAGACGAAUAAACGUCGAAAUUAGAUUCAAUGUGAAUAUAAAACACAUUCACAGAGAAAACGGAAUUCGAAUAUUGUUCCAAGAAAAACAUUUCCCUUCACUGCAUGUGGAUAAUUUUGAUUUUCUUAUUCUUUCUCCAUCAAUGAAUUCCUUAUUCGGUAUUAUGGAUUUCAAUCCACGUGAAUUAGCAAUAUUUACACACUUGCGAAAUUUAUAUUUCUUGAAGUCGAUUGUUAAUUCCAUCAGUCCUGGUAGAAGAGCUCUUUACCCACGCGAAGUGUUUCUAUAUGAUUUACAACGUGAGCAAUACUCUGUUUAUGUAUCUAUCAAUCCGCAUCAAGUCGAAAAUAAUGUGACUGGCCUUGACUAUCAGCGAGGGCGACGGGAAAACACCGAUAGAGAUGGCAGUACGUAUGAAACAAGUGUAUAUCAUCAGUUUGGGAAAGCUAAUCCUUGGAAGAGAGACGUAAAUUCUGACAUUCAAAGAAAUCUUUUUCAACAUCUAAAAGAUUUCAACAAAGGCAAUCCGGAAUUAGUCGAGCAAGUGACGUGGUCAUAUUACUUUCCAAAUUUCCCACCGGAAGCUAUAACUGAGGGUGCAUUGUGGGAUGUUUUAGAUAUGCAAGGAAUGUAUAACACAUGGUACAUAGGAUCAUCUGUAUCUUUUGAGUCAAUAGAAAGUGUCUUUGAGUAUAAUCAUUUAUUGAUGAAACUGUUUUUCUGAAUACAAACUCGUGUAAACGAUACGUAAGAAUAUUGAAAAUGCCAGAAUUAUGAUUUUAUUCUGUUGGUGUUGAUUUUCUUUUGAAAUAUAUGUCGCAUUGUUUUCAUUCAGUAAUGGUACAUGGCAUUGUAUGUUCUUUUGAUGACUGAGAAUAAUAAAUGAUUCAUAGUUU